UGCAUUAUUGACUGUGUGUUAACCUGCAUAUGACCUACAGGGUUAGGUUACCAAUGUCAUAUCUGUGCUGUUUGUUUUGUGAGGAAUUUGUCAUGUGUGGUGCUGUUGCAAAAUGCACAGCUUUCUCAAGUUGAAAAGAAAACCAAAUCUCCCAUGUCCCCUUACGGGCUCCGUAGCAUAGAGACUGUUUGUUUCAGAACCAGCUUGGUUCGCUGAUGCCUUGGCCGGAUCUGAGCCUGAGAACUCAUAAUUGAAAGUAGACGUACAUUGCUAUUUGGCAUGCGUCUGCUCAAACUUCAAAUUUGCGUUUCAAGAUCGCCUUAUCUUCAUCUAAAAAAGUUUUGAUACUCCUUUUCUCCGAUAUUUCUGCAUGUGUCGCCGUGGUUACGCUCAUUUUUUAGUCAACUGCACAAGUUGGCUUUUUGUGACGUCAUUGCAAACGCCCUAUCCGCUUUGGCAAAGCAGGAGAACCAAUUUUUCCGAGUUACCCGUAAUGCAGCAUCAGCUGUGGUCACGCCAACCAGAUGGAGGCUGGGCCACGGGAUGGCCGCUAUCUGCUGCCUGACAACACAGGGAGGGUAAUGCUCACGCAGCCGAGCGCUGAACUGCCUGCAUUAUUUCUAGACUUACUGCUGGUUUAAGAGCUCAUAACGGUACCGGUCAAAUGACGUUUAUCUCGAGUUUAAAGUAUAGCUUCGCCUGCGGUUCAGAACCGCUGUCAGCUAAAUGAAGUUUAAUAGGCUAACGUCAAGUUCAGCUCAUCUAGCUGUAAGCAGUGCUGGCUGCAAGUGUCUCUAGCUGCUUUUAUGGUCAAGAUUAGCUCAUUGAAGAUGGCAGCCAUUCUUUCUUUCUUGCUUGCUAAUAUAGUGGCCCGCAGAUGAUCCCAGUUAGCUUGUGUUACUGGUUUUCCCGCAGAUGUAGGUAGCGGUUAAGUCUGCAGCAAAUGGGCUGUGUCUAUUUGGUGGUCAGUCAAGAUAGCAAUGCGGACCACAUUGUUUCUGACCAGCUCUCUGGCUUCAGAUUACUGCGCUCUAUGGAUCUACUGCAGCGUUCCUUAUCGCGUUUCGCAUAAUGAGUGAUCAUUAUGGAAAGGUCAAGGUUCAGCUCGGGCAGAUGAAAUCACUCGGAGAAGAUGCAGAGAAAGAGGAAGUGGAUUCCGAGGGAGAGAUGCCCGUGUCUGCUUCACCAGACCAAUCGAGCUGCAUCACCACCACAGGGACAGAUGCACUAGGCUCCUCAAAUGUUUGCAAACAAACGGGGAAAAUAAGCAGUAAGAAUUCUUUUAGCAAACCAGUGCAGGGGUCUGCAAUCCCUGCUCAUGCAGUGAAAAACCUAAAUACCCCUAUCUGUGAAUACACACUCCACAACAAGGGGACAGGGAAGAUCUUGCAGGGCAAGUCAGAAAGUAACGGGAACUAUGUAGCCGUCCAGGCAUCCAGGAACACACAGGAAUCAUUUUGCGAGGAUGGAUUUAAGCUUCCUAGGAAGAGAAGACCUGUCAUGGUGGAUACAUCUAAAGCCAAAACCUCCCUGGAAGCCCUGAAGUUGAGCAUCAAGGAGCUAAAGUGGAAAGAGUUUCCUUUGGGAAGACGGAUAGCAUGUGAUAUCUACUGGCAUGGUGUUUCCUUCCACGACAAUGAAAAUAUUGUGUCAGGACAAGUCAACAAGUUCCCAGGGAUGGUCGAAAUGCUGAGAAAGAUCAACUUGAGUAGAGCAAUGCGGACUAUGCAAGAGCUCUUCCCAGAGGAAUAUGACUUCUAUCCACGUUCCUGGAUCCUGCCUGAAGAAUACCAGCAGUUUUCUGCACAGAUCCGCAUGGUGAAGGAAAGGGAUACAACAGUUAGCCCAACUUUCAUUGUUAAGCCAGAUGGAGGCUCCCAGGGGGACGGUAUCUACCUUAUCCGAGACCCUAGUGAUCUAAAACUCAUGGUGGGAGCACAGCCCAAACAGGCUGUAGUCCAGGAAUACAUCCACAAGCCGUUACUUAUCGACAAGCUCAAAUUCGACAUCCGUCUCUACGUACUGAUAAAGUCCCUGGAGCCACUGGAGAUCUACAUCGCCAAAGAAGGCCUGACACGUUUCUGCACCGAGCCAUACCAGGAGCCAACCCAGAAGAACUUGAGCCAUGUCUUCAUGCACCUGACAAACUACUCGCUCAACGUCCACAGCGGCAACUUUGUGCACUCAGACAGCCAGAGCACAGGCAGCAAGCGGACGCUCUCCAGCGUGCUCUACAGGCUGGCAGCCAAAGGCGUGGAUAUCAAGCGGGUGUGGUCAGACAUCAUCGCCCUCGUUAUCAAGUCUGUCAUCGCUGUGGUGCCUGAGCUGAAACUCCACUACCAAGCAGAUAUACCGCCUGGUAAACCGGGACCCACAUGUUUUCAGAUAUUAGGUUUUGACAUCCUGCUGAUGAAGAACCUUAAGCCGGUGUUAUUAGAAGUCAACUCCAACCCUAGUAUGAGAAUAGAACAUGAGCAGGAAGUGGCACCAGGAGUUUCCGAGUACGUGCCCAGUCCAGUGGACGAACAUGUCAAAGUGGGGGUGAUUAGGGACACGCUGCGACUCAUGGAUCCCUUCAACAAGAAACCAACAGUGACUUCUCAACCAAGGGCAGGUGGGUCUGAUCAUGGGGAAGAGAUCCCAGUGGAUGGUGAAGCACAAGGCAGGAGUCCAGAUAAUACGGGGAAUCUGCCUCCGCUCUGCUUGAAGCAGGUCUACCCGAAGUACACCAAACAGUUCAACCACCUGCGGUUGGUGGAGCGAAUCGCUGCUCUCUUCAUUCGCUUCCUCGGGGUGAAGGGCAACAUGCGCCUCGGCCCCACUGCCUUCCGAACCUUCAUCAGGACUUGUAAACUAAGCAACAGCAACUUCACCAUGGCCUCAGUUGACAUCCUGUAUAUAGACAUCACACGUCGGUGGUCAUGUGCCCUGCCUGAGUCCCGAGAGGCAGGGAUGGGACUGCAAGCAUUUGUGGAAGCCUUUUUCUACCUGGCAGGCCGGAAGUUCAAAUCCCUCCUGCUGAGGGAGCAGGUAGUGGCCCUGCUGGACCUGUGCGAGGCUCACCCCGGGCCCCAGUUCAGUGUAGAGGACAGACGCUCGUUGAGCUGCAGCAGGGUGCUGCCGCGAGCCAUCAAAACUCAGACACUGUGCCUCUCCAACCCUCAGCUCAACUCUCCAGCCGCUCAGCGAAGGGCCACAAGCCAGGACUGCAGACCGCAUCAAAGACUGAAGCCUCGCACGCUUAGGGCAAACGUGGAGAACUGAUGAGAGGGAACUAGUUGUCCAAAUCCUUCUGCAUUGCCUUGAACCCUCUCCACAGGAGCGGGGGAGAUUAAGGGUCCAUUUCUCCUCUGCAGCUCCUGAGAAGGGCUAGCUCGACCCCUGCUGGCUGACUUGUUGGAGGACUGCUCUCUGCCUGAUUGCUUUUUAUUCCUUCUGAGGAGGAAGAAGGCCUCAGGGGGACUGAAAUGGUAAUGGAGGCUGGUGAUUCCUUCCUCUCCCCCUGGUGGGAUCAUACAUUAACAGUGCGGUCCUGUCAGGAGGAGGAUAUGGCUGCUUUUCAUGUACUGUUUGAUUCUAAAGGGCAGCUAUUUGCUUCCCAUCCCAUUUGUCUGGCUACAUCUUCACCAAAACGUUUUCUUUUUACAAGGAUAAUAUUAGCUACUUUCUGUCAGUUAAUUCACACAUAUUACACAUAAAUAAGUGGGCGUAAGGGAGCAUCCUCUCUGUAUUAUACACUUGCAUCCCAGUAAUUUCUAAUAUCAUCAAAAAAUUAUCAUUUAUUUUAGUAAUUCAAUUUGGAAAAGUCAAACUUAUAUCGUAUAGAUUUAUUAUACAUGGUGUGAUAUAUUUGAAGCAUCAAUUUCUGCUAAUUUUGAUUAUUAAGGCUCAUAGCUAAUGAUAACACAAAUUUGUUUAUUUUUUUUAUUAACCCAAAAAUAGGAAAAUAAAAAUAUUACAUUAAACUAGCCUUGAAAAAAAAAUGUUUUAACUCAGAAAUGUCAACUUUCUGAAAAGUAUAAACAUUUACUGUACAGUAUAUGCACUCAAAACUUGGCCAUGACUCCUUUUGCAUGAAUUACUCUAACUGCAACAGUCCACACAUUGUUAAUCUAGAAUAGGCUUUGCUUUAACAAUCAAGUUAUACCAGCUGUUUGUGGACAUUUGUUCUACUACACUUUUUCCUUCCACUGAACUUUCCAAUUAUACGCAUGGAUACAGCCAAAACCCUCAGUCUGAAGUCUUCCCCAUGAUUGUUGUGGUCAGUGGUGUCCAAAUGCUUGAUACAUGAUACAUGAGCUUAGAUUGUUUUUUUUCUCAUGAUUUUUUUUUUUUUUUUUUGAGAGAAGGGUUGUAUAAGUCAUUUGAAACACAAAAAGAGUCUAAGACUCAUACUUAAUGUAGGCAUACAUAUUCCUAAAUUCCUUGGGUCAAUUGUUUUCUAUUUUCUAUUAGUUCUAGUCUAUUUUUGGUAACAAGAAUGUGGUAUGGGUCACUUUUUCUUAAAAAAAAAAAACCCUUUGCUGUGUUUAGCCAAGUUUGCUUUGGUGUCUCUGGACUUUUCUAAUCCUAUUUACUAUGAUAUUACAAUGCAAAAAAAAAAAAAAAAAGAUUAAUAAAAGAUGAAUACUACUACUGUUGUACUAAACACUUUUAACCUUAACCUUAAUGAAUUUAAUGACAAUCUACCGCCGAAAAAUCAGUCUGUCCAAUUUGUACCAUUCUUGACGUCAUCCUUGAACAUAAAAAUUUUCUGACAAACUAAAUUUUGGAUUUUGAUUAACUAUAAGCCAGAUUCAUCAAAAUGAACACAAAUAAACAAUCAGACUAAACCACUUUAUGUGUAAUGAAUCUAAAUAUAAGUUCAACUUUUUAAAUGGAAUCUAAAAGUGACGUUGAUAUUCUUAUAUAUUGAGAUGCACCUGUAAUUAAUGCAUUUGCACAGCAGCUAUUUAAACUCCUAUAUUUGCACAGAAGUAGAUGAAAUGCCCUCUAGGCGUUUGUGUGCACAUGUUGUGUAUGAGUGUGCAUGGUUAUGCUGCGGUAUUUAUUUGUAUUUGGCUCAGAGUGAAAAAAAAAAACCUGCUGGCAGCAAGUGGCUCAGCGGUUAGUCCUCCAUGAGCCCAUUAAUGACAAGUUAAGUGAAUAAGCAUUUACUUAUCCUCUUUCAGUUCAGCACCUAUUCCUGUCGGCAGCCUUGGACAUCCCCGUCAAUCACUUUUUAGGUUGAUUACUUUUUAGUGACGUAACUGCCACAGGGAAUUAAUAUUUCAGGAUAAAAAGUGACUGCAUAUCUUUUAAAAACAAAUCACCAUCUAUCGUUUCGUAAAGAAGACUUGGAAAACUUUUGCAUAAUAAUAUCCAACGUGUCGUUACAAAAAGAAGCAUGAUGGAUGCCACGUUUAAAAGUCCCUGUUGUAUCCAAACGUUAAAACAACAAUAAUAUGUUUUUCUUACCUUUUGCACCAGUGUUAAUAAGAGUUGUCAUCCAAAAUAAGAACUAUCUGCAGUGUGGGCAGCUGUGAAAACACAAAGUGGAUUAACCUAUGAAUAAUAAUCUAGGGCUUGCAUAUGUACUGCAGUGUGGUUAUGACAAUUUAAAGUAGAGGAAUGAGGUUGUCUACAGUGACAGAUGUGAACGAGAUGUACUCAAAACCCAAGAAAACAAAUAAAAUAUGCUGUUUAAGCUGAA